AUGCAAGUCCAUCAUACUGGCGAAAAACCAUUUAAAUGCGGUAUUUGUGAAAAGAAGUUAUUUCGAAAGUUUGAUCUGAGGACACAUUUGGCGACACAUGCCAAACAACGUCCGUUCCGUUGUGCAAAAUGUCAGCGGCCGUUUAAGGAAGAAGUUGAUAAGAAGGCACAUGAGAUUGGAUGCAACUAUCGCCGUUAUCAAUGUUAUGUAUGCAAUGUGUCAGUGCGAUUCGUAACGCAAUUAGAAGGCCACAUGCGAACUCAUCACACCGGCGAAAAACCAAUUUCAUGCGAAUUGUGUGGUGCACGUUUUACAUUGGAAUGUAACGCCAAUCUGCACAUGAAAAAC